UGAAGCUAUCGGUCAUAGCGGCGGGAAAGUAGAAACCAGAAAACAUUGGCAAUUCAUACGCAUAUUCGCGAUUGCAUUAAGGAGAAAUUCGCGGUUAAAUGCAAAGAAGCUAGAAAUAUUUACUUGCACAAUAUUCCUUUUACGGAAAAUAUUUAACUUUUCUUUAUAUAUAUAUAUAUAUACAAGUAAAUAUAUAAAAACAAAAAAUGGUAUAUAAAACCAUUAUUGGACAAUAACUUAAUGAUAGGCAACCAUUUGGUUGGAAUAAUUGACGCGUAUAAAAUUAUGUAUGUAUGAACGUAAAAAUUUCAAAGUAUAAGCAACGUAUUUGCCAAUUGUUGGUGUCUUUCAUUUUUCGCUUUGUGAUUAAAAUUUCUCGCGUGAAACGAACUUAACAGAGCUACAAACAAGCAAUCUAUAUUAAAAGAAGGCGACAACAGAAGUAAAAAGCAUUAAAAUGUUUGGACCCACUUCAACGGAUCCGUCGCGGCUUCUUCAUAUGGAAAAUCCUCUGUAUGCAAUUUGCCAAUUUAUCUGGGACUUGCUGGUGUUUUUCGUCAAGACUACUUUCUAUACAAUGGAGUCCAUUUACUACUCGUUGCUACCGAAUCGAUUCAGAAAAAUGAAGGACAUUUCGGGACAAGUUGUGUUAAUCACCGGGGGUGGAGGUGGAGUAGGACGGUUGUUGGCGCUGAAUUUUGCCAAAAUGAAUGCUCGCGUCGUCAUCUGGGACAUUAAUUUAGAAGCCAUCAAAACCACUACUGAUUUGCUCGGCCGUAAUGGAUACACUUGCAAAGGAUACGUUGUUGAUAUAUCGGACCGCGAUCAAGUAUACGAGCGCGCUGCACAAACCAUCAACGAAGUGGGUAAUGUCGAAAUUCUGUGCAAUAACGCUGGAGUCGUAUGUUGCCGCCCAUUCUGGGAUCUUCCGGACCGCGUCAUACAGAACACCUAUAACAUUAACAUUAUUUCUCACUAUUGGACUGUAAAAGCUUUUUUGCCUUAUAUGAUGCAAAAUAACCAUGGCCACAUUGUGACAGUCGGUUCAGUGACUGGUAUGUUAGGUACUUAUGGGUGCAGUGAUUACAGUGCAACGAAAUUUGCCUGCAUCGGAUUCCAUGAAAGUUUAUUGACCGAUUUGAAGACACAUGGCUACGAUCGUAUUCACAUGACUUUGAUUUGUCCAUAUUACAUUAAUACCGGAAUGUUCUCUGGUGUACGACCACGCAUGUUUCCAAUGUUGGAGCCUCAGUAUGUAGCUGACCGCAUACUAGAAGCAAUUCGAAAGAACGAAGUGUGGUGUGUGCUUCCCAACUCAAUACGCACAUUCACCCCACUCAAAUGUAUUUUACCUGCAAAAGUGUGCUGGGAACUUAUGUCGAGAGUUAUCCGUGGCCCCGAGUCGAUGAUGAUGUUUCAAGGUCGUGGCAGAGUACCCGCUGGUUAAGCUUUUUUCG